AUGACGGAAGAAGAAUUUAAAUGGAUUUUACAAGAAGAAGUCCAUGCCGUUUUGAAACAGCUGCAGGAUAUUUUGAAGGAGGCCUCUCACCGGUUCGCCCUGCCCGCCAGUGGCUCGGGAGGAGCCGUCAAGCAGGAGAACUUUGUGCUGAGCACAUCGGGCACAGACCAGGUGAAAGGUGUGUUGACGCUGCAAGGAGACGCCCUGUGCCAAGCUGAUGUUAAUCUGAAAAUGCCCAGAAAUAAUCAGCUCCUCCACUUUGCAUUUCGGGAAGACAAGCAGUGGAAAUUGCAGCAGAUCCAGGAUGCUAGAAACCAUGUUAACCAAGCCAUUUACCUGCUUACAAACAGAGAUGUAAACUACCAGUUCAAAACAGGCUUGGAGGUUCUGAAGCUUAUGGAUGCUGUGAUGUUACAGCUCUCAAGAGCCCGAAAUCGGCUUACCACUCCAGCCACUCUGACUCUACCAGAGAUUGCCUCCAGUGGUCUCACAAAAAUGUUCACCCCUGCUCUGCCUCCAGACAUCCUUGUGAAUUUCUAUAUUAACCUGAACAAGCUGUGCCUGACUGUCUACCAACUCCAUGUGCUGCAGCCCAGCACAACCAAGAACUUCAAGUCUGCUGGAGGGUCCAUUUUACACAACCCUGGAGCCAUGUUUGAGUUUGGCAACCAGCGGUAUGAAGUCAGCCAUGUCCAUAAAGUGGAAUGUGUUGUACCAUGGUUAAAUGAUGCCCUUGUCUUCUUCACAGUUUCACUGCAGCUUUGCCAGCAGCUGAAGGACAAGAUCUCUGUUUUCUCCAGUUACUGGAACUACAGGCCAUAUUAAUUCUUUGUGGAGUGUCCAAACCCUUACAGUACUUCCAGUGUCUCCCUGUUUGUUUGCAACAUGCCAGCUGAGUCCAGGUCAGCCUGAGGAGUGCUCUGGUUCACUACCA